CGAGAGUCUUUUUCUUUCUUCCUCUCUACACUAUCUAUCUCUGCCGUCUCUCUCUCUCUCUCUUUCUGUGUGUGUGUGUGCUACGGCCUGGAAAAGAUCCGAGUCCAGACGGUAUAUUUGCUGCACUGUGCUUGUCACCGGUGACUGCUGCCACUGUCACUGUCCUCGACAUCAAAUCCAUCCAUGAGCCGAUCUGGUUCUGUUGCUGCAAUUCAUCCCAUAUCAUAUCACAUCUCAUCCCGUCUCGUUUUUCACCUAUCCCAACAGGGGCACCCCUAGUUUACCUUUUACUCACACCCAGACAUCGAUUGGAGACCAGUGUCUUCUGGCCCGUGGCUUACAUAGGUACUAUACCUGCACCGCACCGCUGAGGUUACCUCGUUACCCUCCUCCUUAGCUUGAAGCGCUUGCCGACAUCGCGGGUUGACCAUCGAUUCGCCCUACAUAACUCUCUGUCGCUGUCCGUCGACGUCUCACAGUCGACUUUCCUCCUGGUUCGGCUUCUUUCACUGUGACCACGCGGGUUAUACCACAAAAAGUCACAUGUUCAAUUCAUCAUAAAUCUACCCGGUUCAGCUCAUCCUCCAGCGCAGCGUAGCGAUAUUGAGGAUACAAAGAUCGGCACUGCCGGCAGCCGCCAAAGAAAAAAAAGAAAAGAAAAAACAAAAACCAACAAGAAAAAAAGAAGAACCAACAAAUAGUGGCUUCAAGCCGCCAUUGAUAUAUACCCCUCGCCUGUGUCACCCCGAGACCCAUAGGGGAUAUCUCAAUCACCAUGACUGCUAACAUGGAUAACCUACACUAUCAUGUGCGGGAACAUGACCGCCAUGAUGAAAUGCGCCAAAAGACCGGCCCUCGGGUUGAGAGCUUCUUCUCCACCAACAAUGUCAAAGACAGGCCAAACUCAGUAUACACCGAAUUUAUGGAGUCAGACUGGGAGAUGGAUGAGGACGAUGUCUACAGCGAUAUGGAGGAUCUGGCUCAUGAUGACGAGAUCUCACCUCGCAACAGUAUCGGUUCAUCAAAGUCGGGCGGUCAACCAAGCUUCACAACAAUGUCUUCCUACGACGAGGUCCAAACACCAAGAUCGGUGCGCCAAAGAGGAGGGUUCCCGUUCCCGUUUGAGGAGAUGAAGCAGGUGGAAGGUCCUAGGGGACCUCAUCUUUUUCGCAGCUCCAUGUCCCUGCAUUCCGUCGAAUAUCAAAACGCCCUAUCCCUAUCGCCGAUUACGGAACGGAAGGCCCAAGAACAUGACCAUUUUCUGCAACAUACCGUUCAUCUUACGACCCUUCCAACUAGGAGCAAGCGCGACUCCGGGCCCUUCCGAUUCACCGAUGUCGAACUCGACCCACGAACCCUUCCAGAAUGGACUCCUGAAAUGGUUGCCCAAUGGAUGUUCAACGCCGGUGUUGAGCUUAAUACCUGUGAGAGAUUUGUGGAGAACGAUAUCACAGGGUCCAUCUUAAUCACCCUAAAGUUUGAGGAUCUGAAAGAGCUUGGAAUCACCUCGUUUGGGAUGCGAACAAGGGUCUGGCAUGAAAUCCACUCCAUGAGGAACAUCCAGAAGCCGGACCCUCAGCCCGAAACUCCGAUUGAGGAUGAGCCAGACCGCAAGGUUGAGAGAGAGCUGCGGAGAAACGAAAGCGUGAAUAAGCCCAAGAGGAAGGCGAGCAAAGUGAGGCCAAAGAUCAAUGAUGUGAUUUCUCCUCUCGAGUCAGUCUCCAUUGUAGGCAUUGAGCAGCUCAUGCCCAAGCCUCACAGCUGCUCCAAGGGUGAGAACUGCGCCAAGUGGAAGCGGAACCAAAAGAUGAUUGAGGCGUUUAAGAAGGACCACCCAUUUGUCAACAUUGACGAAGGCGGUAUCAUUAUGGUUGCGGGAAAUCCCGGGAACCCGCAGACGGCUGAGGCUAUCGACCCCUUUCGUCCUGUCUCGGACGCCAUCCCGUCGGUUGUGGCAUCCUCAGACGUUAUGGGACCUGGAGAUCAACCAACUCUACAGUAUCUCCAGGAAGCCACUCUGCGAAAUGUCAUGUCGCGGGAUCCCCAAGACAACGUUCGCCAAUUUCUUGACUUCCAGAACCACCAUGCGGUCGGCUCGAGCGAGGUUCCCCCAACACCGCCGUUCGAGCUAUAUCCCCAGCAGCAAGCUCAAGGUCCUCAUGCGAGAUUACGUGCUCUUCCUAAGCUAGCCAUCCCUAAUGAGGGGGGCGCUGUUGCUGGACCCGUAUCUGCUCGUGCAACCUCUGCUCGUCGUCAGUCGCAGGUAAUCCCUUCGUUUCGCGAGAUGAGCGAUCAAUCUGCUUCAUCUGAAGAAGCGACUCCGGUUGGUGUAUACCGCUUCGGUACACCCUUCUCUGAGAUGGACGUUCCGGUCACCAUGACCUCCAUCCCCAUCAUCUCUCGAGAUGUUUCCCAGUCGGUUCCGCCUGAUAUGAAUUACCGCCAUAAUCCUGGCCCUCCUACGCGAUCUAUGUCUCGAGCCACUAUCCGUCGGCCCUCCUUCCCUGUCAUGCCUGCGCUGGAUGAGAACUCCAUCGUCACACCCCUCACUGCCGUGCAACCGCAGAACAAGUCUUUCUCUCGGAGAGCCACCAUCCAGGCCCAGCGCCCUCUGCAGCCCCCUCCCCGUGUGCAAUACCCAUGGAGCCAGACCAACCGUACCACCUUUGAGCGCGCCAUCGCUCCCAUGCCUGGCUCUUCGGCAGUCAUUGCCCCAAGCAAGAGUGCCGGCACCAGCCCUACCGAAAGCCAUGGAGUCAGCAACAACCCCAGCAGCGGAAGCCGUCUUUCUCCCACCACCACCCAGCCCACGGAAGACAUGACAAAUGGUGAAGCAGUUUCCUACCAAGGCCUCAUGAAGAAGCGCAAAACCAAGAUGCUCCGCCACGAGUGGCACGAGCACUACUUCAAGCUCCGUGGCACCCGCCUGACCAUGCACAAGGACGCGGCCACGGCCAACAACAAGACGCUCGAGUACAUUGACAUUGAUGACUACGCCAUUGCUUGCAGCAGCAACGCCAACACCUCCAAGCUCAACGCCGCCUUCAAGGCCAUGCACAUCCGCCGCGGCUCCGGCGACGCCCAAUCCAAAGAGGACAUUGCCGCCUUCAGCUUCCAGUUGAUUCCCCAGGACGGUAAGGCUGCCGUCAAGGGGCAGUUGCGCAAGCGGGAGAACAGCGUCCCUGGCCCAUCGUCGUCGUCCGCCGCAUCGGCUAGCGGGGGCGCUAUCCAUGGCGCCGUUAACGGCACCGGAAAGAUGCACCACUUUGCUGUUAAAAGCAGAGACGAGCGCAUUGACUGGAUGAGGGAGUUGAUGCUGGCCAAGGCGCUCAAACAGAAGGGCGAGGGCGCCGAGGUGGUUGUCAAUGGCAGCAUGAUUUGAAUGCUUUCUUUCUUUAUUUUUCUCUGUUCUCGAUGUCAUACCCUCUUUUCGUUCUCCUAGGGUGUUUACAUCCUGAUUUUGGUUUCUCUAACAAGCUCCCACCGCAAAUCCUCUCGUGGUUCUCUUAUUCUACGGAUGCCUUGGAAAGAGACGAUUGAGAUACCUUGGGAUACCACUUUGUGCCGUUGAAUGACUUUUUUAUUCCUUUCUUUUUUUCUUUUUGUUUCUUCGGUUGCAUGUCUUUCCUUCAGCAACAUUCAACGGCGUUUUAUAUCCUUUGCGUGUGUUUGUUGUGUUCUUAUGUCUGGAAAGAAGGAACGGGAAAGCGAAGUAUAAAAAGUGGUGAGCAUGGUAGAUAAAGGUUAGGUUGUGUACUGUCAGUUUGUGAUAUCAACACGUAGUACCUGAUCCGGUGUGGGAUUACAGGAAUUGGGGAACGUUGGUUUUACUUUUUACGAUUUUACGACGAGUUAUGACCCUUCGAUACCUUUUGUUUUCUUCUUGUCGAACGUUCACGUUGUCUUUCUUUUCAAGCUAUUAGAUAUGACGCCGUUUUUGGGUAGUGCACGAUUCUGACCAUCUGGCGACAUUUGGUGUGCAUUUCCCACCACGGCAAAACAGAAAACCCAUAUGGAAUUACAUAGGGGGGGAAUCAGGCAGAGACUGGGAAAAAGGCGGAGGGAGGAAGAGUUCACCACUGCAUGCUGGAUCUGGAUACAGAAGCAUGGCUCUUGGAGAAGCAGAUCUAGAUUGGAAACUAGCUAGCUGGCUAUUCAGUCAAUUAUGCGUGCCCCUAAUGAGGCAAGAUCGAAGAAAAGUUAAAAUCGCAACCAUCUUUUUCACC